AUGUCAGACCCCGUCGCAGCUCCUGCUGCUCCGAACGCUCCCCGUACCCGCAAUCGACGCCGAGGGAGGGGCCCCGCCAACCGCGAAGGCCGACAAAAUACACCAGGCCAACCAACAGAUGGCCAGCCUCCAAUGCAAACACCACAAGCUCAGCCCGAUGCCAGCCUAAAUACCGCGAACUCGAAUGAACAAUCACGUCCACGGAGAGGAAACCGUGAAGGAGGCCCCCGACCACGACGAGGCCGUGGCAAUGGCUCGCAAAAACCGCCGAUAGAGAAUGGAGAACAAUCUGGACAGCCGGCUCAGGCUCAGUCGCGGGGAAUGCGUGCCAGAGGAUUUGGGGCUCGGCUGACAAAGCCUGGCCAGGAGUCUGAAGACCAACCACACGGAACGGUGGCGGAUAGCCUCCGGGCUGAUGUGCCGGAUUUUGUACCCGGUAUGCCUGCUUCGAAUAUCGAGUCGGUUCCUUCUUCAGGGAAAGGCAAAGGGAAGGCCAAGCCGAAGGGACCGUCAAAGCCGCCUAAAGUUACGACGAAAUCAGUAGCCAACGAUAUCGCAACCCGAAUUCACGAAGACAUCGCCCACAAUCUGCCGAAGGUCUAA